AUGCCUUUUGGUCUAACGAAUGCUCUAGCUGCAUUUAUGAAUUUGAUGCAUCGAGUCUUUAAACUUUAUUUGGACCAAUUUGUCGUGGUGUUCAUAGAUGAUAUCUUAGUAUAUUCUAGGACUCGAGAGGAUCAUGAACGACACUUGAGGAUAGUUUUGCAGACCUUGAGAGAACAUCGGUUAUAUGCCGAGUUUAGCAAGUGCGAGUUUUGGUUGGAGAAAAUUUCUUUUCUAGGGCAUGUAAUAUCUAAAGAUGGCAUUUUUGUGGACCCAGUGAAAGUGGAAGCAGUAUUUGAUUGGAAACAGCCAGAAACCCCAACUGAGGUUCGUAGCUUCUUAGGUUUAGCCGGGUACUACUGUAGGUUCAUCAAAGAUUUCUCCAAAUUAGCAGGGCCUUUAACUGAUCUAACAAAAAAGCAUGGUCAAUUUUUUUGGAGUUCUAAGUGUGAAGCUAGUUUUCAGGAAUUAAAGAAACGGUUAACGUCGGCACCCGUCUUAGCCUUACCAAACGGGAAAGACAGGUUCACUGUAUAUACUGACGUCUCAAGAGAAGGAUUGGGAUGUGUUCUAAUACAAAAUGGAAGUGUAAUUGCCUAUGUCUCUAGGAAAUUAAAAUCCCAUGAGCGAAAUUACCCGACUCAUGAUUUGGAAUUGGCUGCUGUAGUUUUUGCCCUAAAGAAGUGA